UCCUGCUUACAUCUCCUCCUCAUCUUAAUUCCCUUUCCUUCUCCUCCACUCUUCUGUAACUCAGGGACAGAGUGGAAACGUAAUAAAAAUUGCCAGUUAGGAGAAAAUUGACUUCAUCUAAUUCCUAGCCCCCACCCCGCUUCUGUUUCCUUCACAUUCAUUUCAAAGUCUUGGUAAAUGUUAACUCCAUUCCUUGCAAGAUGAGGUUAGCCGACUUUAUUCUCCCUUUUCUACUCCUGGACUGUUUUCUUUUGCGAAGGGUACUUGCUCAGGAAAUAUCCCCAAAUGCGAUAGCUUUUCAAGAUUGCCCAGUGGAUUUGUUUUUCGUCUUGGAUACCUCAGAGAGUGUUGCCUUAAGGAUAAAGCCUUUUGGGGCCUUGGUUGACCAGGUCAAAGACUUCACAACCAAAUUCCUUGAUAAGUUAACUGACAGAUAUCAUCCGUGUAGCAGGAAUCUAGUGUGGAAUGCUGGAGCCCUCCAUUACAGUGACGAGGUAGUACUGAUCAAGGGGCUCACUCGUAUGCCCAGUGGGCGAGACGAUCUGAAGGCAAGAGUGAGAGCAGUGUCUUCUAUUAAGAAAGGCACCUAUACGGACUGCGCCAUCAAGAGUGGGAUUGAAGAGCUGCUUGUUGGGGGGUCUCAUCAAAAGGAAAAUAAAUACCUGAUUGUGGUGACAGAUGGACAUCCUUUGGAAGGAUACAAAGAGCCCUGUGGGGGACUGGAAGAUGCUGCCAAUGAAGCAAAGCAUCUGGGGAUCAAAGUGUUCUCCGUUGCCAUUUCUCCAGACCAUCUGGAAUCCAGGCUAAGUGUGAUUGCCACAGAUCACACCUUUCGUCGCAAUUUCACAGCAACUAGUCUUUCUAGAACUUCGCGUGCUAUCGACAGUACAAUUGACACCAUUAUUGAGAUGAUGAAAAACAAUUCAGAGGAAGUGUGCUGCUCAUAUGAAUGCCAGGCUGAUCCAGGUCCCCCAGGACCCAGAGGAGAACCAGGAUAUCAGGGAGAAAGAGGGAAACCAGGCCUGCCAGGAGAAAAGGGAGAAUCUGGAGAGCCUGGGAAGCCAGGUGACUCAGGACCUGUUGGUUACCAAGGGAUGAAGGGAGAAAGAGGCAUCAGAGGUGACAAGGGCUCAAGAGGUGCAAAAGGAUACAAGGGCGAGAAGGGCAGGCGUGGCAUUGAUGGUGUUGAUGGCAAGAAGGGUGAACAUGGAUUUGCUGGGUUACCUGGGUGCAAAGGAUCCCCAGGAUUUGAUGGCUUACAAGGUCCUCCUGGCCCAAAAGGAGAUCCUGGUUCUUAUGGACCUAGAGGAAGCAAGGGAGAGCCUGGGUUUAGUGGAGGGCCAGGCAGUCCGGGAAGCUCUGGAAAUCCUGGAGAAAAGGGUUCGCCUGGAAACCCGGGUUCGCCUGGAGAGAAAGGAGAAAUUGGAGAUGAGGGAAAUCCUGGCCCGAUUGGUCCCAAUGGAGAGAAGGGUGGUAAUGGAGAAAGAGGGCAACCAGGUACCCCUGGUCUCCGUGGACCCAGAGGAGAUCCGGGUCAACCGGGACUACAGGGUGAUCAAGGCCUAGAAGGACCUUUUGGACCACCUGGAGAACCAGGUGAAGGUGGGCCACCUGGGCCUAAGGGAUACAGAGGAGAUGGAGGACCUUCUGGACCAGAAGGCCCGAAAGGUCUGCCUGGACCAUCUGGAUUACCUGGUGAAACUGGCUUGAUGGGUGAAAGGGGAGAAGAUGGCAUCGCAGGAAAUGGCACUGUUGGUUGCCCUGGCUUCCCAGGAUAUUCUGGCAGCAGAGGUGAUCCUGGGACUAAUGGUACCAAAGGCUAUCCUGGUCCAAAAGGUGAUGAAGGCGAGAUGGGAGACCCUGGAGAUGAUGGUACAGACAGCGGAACCAAAGGAGCUAGAGGAGCCAAGGGGCACAGAGGCCCAGAAGGCCGUCCGGGACCUCCAGGACCCGUAGGCCCUCCAGGACCAGAUGAAUGUGAAAUUUUAGAUAUCAUCAUGAAAAUGUGUUCUUGCUGUGAAUGCAAGUGUGGCCCCAUUGAUCUUCUGUUUGUACUGGACAGUUCAGAGAGUAUUGGCCUUUCAAACUUCCAGAUUGCUAAGGAUUUCAUUAUUAAGGUCAUUGACAGAUUAAGCAAAGAUGAGCAUGUGAAGUUUGACCAACAGGAGUCCCAUGUUGGUGUUGUGCAGUACAGCCAUGACAAUACCCAGGAACUGGUGGCCAUGGGAGACCCCAACAUUAAUAACAUUGGAGCGCUCAAAGAGGCUGUGAAGAACCUGCAGUGGAUUGCUGGUGGCACCUAUACUGGGGAAGCCCUUCAGUUCACCAGGGAAAACUUGUUGCGACGGUUUGCCUCUGAGAACAGAGUGACCAUUGUCAUCACAGAUGGGCGAUCUGACAUACUUCGAGACCAAACACCACUGAACACACUCUGUGGAGUGACUGAGGUGCUCCCCUUGGGUAUCGGUGACAUUUUCCACUCUGCUCCAAAUUCUGAACAAUUAACAACUAUUUCCUGUGGUGGGGCGGCUGUUCAGCGAGAAAGCUAUGCUGAGUUGCUAGAUGACACUUUCCUACAGAAUAUUACCUCUACUGUCUGCAAAGACAAGAAAUGCCCAGACUACACUUGCCCAAUCACUUUUGCUGGCCCAGCUGAUAUCACACUACUGGUAGAUAGUUCUACCAGUGUUGGAAGCCGUAACUUUGAUACCACCAAGAAAUUUGUGAAGCGUCUUGCAGAGCGAUUCCUGCAAGCAGCCAAACCUGCUGAUGACUCUGUGCUCAUCUCCGUUGUCCAGUACAGCGGCAAAGGCCAGCAAAAAGUGGAAGUGUCAUUUGAGAAAAACCUCACCAUGAUUGCAGAUGCCAUCGACAGCAUGAAGUUUAUGAAUGAUGCCACAGAUGUGAAUGCAGCCCUCAGGUUCAUCACUACCCUAUACGAGAGCCGCUCGCGUGGCAAUGCAAAGAAGAAGGUGCUGAUUUUCUCAGAUGGCAACUCUCAAGGCAUCACCAGAAGCGUCAUUGAGAAGGCAGUUCAGGAGGCCCAGCAGGCAGGCAUUGAGAUUUAUGUACUAGUGGUUGGCACGCAAGCCAAUGAGCCCAAUGUGCGUGUGCUUGUCACGGGGAAAACCACUGAGUAUGAUGUGGCCUAUGGAGAGCGCCACCUCUUCAGAGUUGCUGAUUACACCUCUCUGCUGAGGGGCGUGUUCUAUCAAACUGUCUCCAGGAAAGUAGCUGUAGACUGAGGAGGUGGAGCAUAGAAGAGCAGGAUAUAUAGAUUCUAAUUUCUAAAGGAACGGAAUGUAAGCAGCCAACACAACCCGUGAUUUUAUUAAAAGCCAUAGGCCAUCCAUGUCCCUGCUUUUGAGCUGUAUAUCCAUGUCCAUUGUCUGUUCUCUUUCUUGUCCAUAAAUUCUUCCAGCCUACAGGGGGAAAACAUAGGCUGACGUAUUCUUGCCCGGGCGGAUAGAUUUCUGAACUGUAACUGCAACGACUGCUUUUUGCACCAUAUUUGGCAGAGAUAAACUGGGUUAAUAAAGAACCUUAAACACACUACCAUUAUUUUAAAGGUUGAUAGCACAUUUUACAUAAAGAACAGUCCCUCUUUCAGAAUGAAAUGAUCCCUUAUCUUGCUGCCAAAAUUAAUGUUUUUAAACUUAUCAGUUAUUUCAUUUUGUUUUUACAAAACACCAUUAUAUUUGGUAGAGACUACUUUCUAGACUACUUAGUUGGCUUGAGAAAGAUUACUUUGUCCUAGAAAAUGUCAGGGAUGUUUUUAUAUGACACUUGUUGUUCUCCAUAGUAAUUGUGGAAGUUACUGAAAUUUUAAUCUCUGGCAUGCAGUCCAGUUCAACUAAGCGUAUUUUGACAAGAAAUUUUAAAGCGACAUUAUAGAAACCUAACUAAAGUUUAAUUCUAGAGGAAGGUACCACAAUAAAAAUAAAAAUUCUUCAAUGAUGUUUUUUAUGCAUGCAUGCAUGAUGAAAUUAAACCCUGAAAAAUGAUCUUCCAGUAUGCAUUAUUAUCUAAAUUAUUUUCAAAUUCUACCAUGCAUUUGGCUCCUCUGACUUCAGAGGGCCAUGUCCUAUCCAAUGUGAUAGUGUUGGUGCUACCCGGCAACACAUGCACACUGCUGGAGGUUUACAUUAUACGUUUACAUAGUUAUUCCUGAAAGAUACGUCAGAGUUGGGGAUUGGUUUGGACAGGUUUAUUUCAGUGUUUCCAAUGGUGCUGUCGCUAUGAAUUCAAUAUGCUUUUUAAAACAGGAAAUUGUGUUCAACAUUGCGGCUUUUAUUGUCUUGUAAUCAAGAUCCAUUUUACCACUUUUAUUUUAUUCCUGUGUUUUACUGACAGAUGUUCCCUUUAAGAUGUUGUUCAAAUAAAUUGUUUUCCACA